AUGGAUACUGAACUACCUACGCUUGGUGAUGUCCUUGUGAACGCUGCCUCGCCACCAUGGACUUUGCAUGCCUUCACGGCUCAUCUCAACCGGCACUGCUGUCUCGAGGCUCUUCUGUUCGUUCUCGACACCCAGCAUUAUGCCGCGUGCUACGAAGGCCUUGUCAGAUCCAACUCUGCGUCAUCCAGCAAUAGUAACUCGGUCGCUAAGCUAUGGCGAAAUCUAAUAACGCUCUACAUCCUUCCCACUGGCCAGCGACAACUCAACAUGCCUGAACAGGAGCGAGAGCAUCUACUGCAUCUCCCACCUGAACCUCCACCCAAUCCAUCUGAGCUUCACGAAGCUUGUCGAUGCGCAUAUGAUCUCCUGAAUGACUCAUUAACCGCGUUUUUCCGGACGUCGGAGCCGAUGCAAGACACAGAGGACACUCAGUCGCCACCCGACCGACAACCACAAUCGCAGGCUGCAGCGACAGGCGAGGAUCAAGAUGGGUGGCUUCGUCAUCUGUUUGGAACAAAUGCUAAGCGUUGUACAUGUUCCAUGACAUCUGUCUGUAUCACCCAACACAACAUGGGGCGGCUGCCGAUGGCCGCCAUCAUUCUCGAAGGCAAUGACUCCUCUGUUCUGGUGAAUGGCAGCUCUGCAGGGAGACCGGCAGUUGGUGUCUGGUACCUCCAGAUGUCUGCUUGCCGCUUCUUGGUACCGUCAAGCAUUGUGGCAGCUCGUGCCAUUGUCCCUUUUCCAACCACAACCAAAGCCAACGUGUGCCCGAGCGCAUCUGAUGCCGACGAGUUAAAUUUACAGCCUUUUCAAUACGCCAAACAACUCGAGUUGGCAAGGCUUCCUUGUUUUAGCGAUGUCUCUGUAACACGACAGCAAGAACUAUUCUUGGGGAAAGUCGAGCAGUGUAAUGUCAUAUUUGAUUUUGAGAGCGCCAGCGAUCUAUCUUCAAAAUACAUCAAGACCCUUGCGCUCCAAGAACUACACGACUAUGUCAAGAACAAUGGGUUCUUGAUCGAAGAGCCCAUGUGGCAGGUGGUAACGGAGAUGUUUGCCAAGAAUGUCUUCCGACCCGUGUUGCAAUACGAGAAUAGCCAACUAGAGGUGUUUGACUUUGAAGAUGAGGAGGACGACCUUGUUUUGGAAGUUGCCUGGGCUCACGUCGAGCCUGUUUAUGAGCUCUUCGAUGUCGUCAUGCAGAACAAAUUCUUCUUGACCACAAGCAUGGCCGAAUCCUACAUCGAUGGUAAAUUCGUGCUGUGCCUUCUAGCCCGAUUGAGAUGUCAAGAUCCUCGAGAGCGAGGGCUCCUCAAGACAACACUACACAGCAUAUACCGCGAAUUCCGUAACCACCGCACCUUCAUCCGUCAGUCUAUCAACGGCGUUCUGCUCCAGUUUGCUUAUGAACCAGAUACACCAUUUGGCAUAGCCGAGCUCCUUGAAGUUCUCGGCUCCAUCUUCAGUGGUCUAUGCAGUCCUUUGAAAGACGAAUACAAAGACACCAUGAUGCGGGUCUUGAUCCCUCUGCACAAGUCCCCCGCUUUGGGCAGAUACCAUAUUUGGCUCGCAUACUGCAUUACCCAGUUACUGGGAAAGGAUCACUCUCUUAUACAAGCGGUGGUGCUUAAGAUAUUGCGAUACUGGCCAAAAGUGAAUAGUACAAAAGAGAAAAUAUUUCUCGAUGAGAUGGAGGAAAUACUAGAGCUUGUUGAUGAUGAGGGAUUUUCUCAGAUACAGGAUAAAGUUUUCCAUCAACUGGCCAAGUCUAUAGCUAGCUCACACUCGCUAGUUGCAACCCGUGCAUUGCAUUUUUGGAGCGACGAAAGAUUCUGCAGCCGUGUAAGGGCCAAUAUUACUACUAUUCUUCCAAUCAUGUUCCCGUCCGUUUACGAGAGCUUCAAUUGUCACUGGAAUAAGCCUCUACGGAGCAAGAUUAAUGACCUGAUGGAGUUCUUUAUAAGAACAAGUCCGCAGCUGUUUGACGACUGCUGGUAUAGCUACGCAGAAAAAUGCGGUAAAGUAAUAGCCCAGGAGGCUAAGCGGGAAAAGAGGUGGGAGAUAUUGCGUCAGAUGGCAGAAGGGUCCAAAACUUAG